GAGACCAGUGUGGCCGGGUGAGCGCCAGGAGGAGGUGGGACUUACACACCACUCCGUCACCCGAGGCCAAGCUGGCGUCUUGACCCCUCAGAGAGACACGUCCGCGCCUAAGUGACUGAAAACCUACCGAUUUAACUACAUUUCCUCGCGUAUCUCAAACCCACGAAUUUAACUACCAUUACCUUGCGUAUCUCCCUACAUCAGGAAGAACAAUAAUGUGGUUGCGCGGUAGCCUCUCAUCUUCUUGGAUGACAAGAGGGAAGAAACAAAGUUCAACAAAUGAAUCUUUAACUGGAGAACUGGGCUAUAAACAAGCAGACAAGUAACGAGCAAUCAGAAAGAAGGAUAAAAUACGGUUUAAUACCAACGCGAGUGAGUGUAUUCGUUUGUGGAUGUGAAGGGAAACACGUGGUAGCAAAACUACGCUUGCUAGGAUAUCAAGCCUCGUGUCACGAUGACUGACCACCUAAACGAUUAAAACGACGGAGAAACAGACACGCUGUACAUACUUCCCCCUUUGAUAACUAAAAGUGUUUUAGAGUCGGCAGUAAACAUAAUUCAACUUUGGCCAGCAGUAAUAAAUAGUGCUGAGGAAAAUAUCCCGACAGAUAUAACACGCUCAUAAGGGGAGUGAUUUGAGUCAAUUGUGUAUAGUGAGUUUUUUCACCUGAAAAUCUACCCACUUUCGGUGCUGUGCUGAAGGACUGGCCUACAGUGACACACGUGUUAUGUUGGUCGAGCCUUGAACACGGUGAACAGAGGUGGGGGCGGGAGGAGGAUGGAGUGUCAUCAGGUGGUUGUAAAGUGGUGGAGCGCCGCACCUGUGACCAUACGCACACACUAGUAGUACCACACACGUGCCCACACUGGUCGUAGUACCCACACACGUGCCCACACUGGUCGUAGUACCCACACACGUGCCCACACUGGUCGUAGUACCCAUACACGUGCCCACACUGGUCGUAGUACCCACACACGUGCCCACACUGGUCGUAGUACCCACACACGUGCCCACACUGGUCGUAGUACCCACACGUGCCCACACUUGUCGUAGUAUCACACACGUGCCCACACUGGUCGUAGUACCCACACGUGCCCACACUGGUCGUAGUACCCAUACAUGUGCCCACACUGGUCGUAGUACCCACACGUGCCCACACUGGUCGUAGUACCCACACACGUGCCCACACUGGUCGUAGUACCCAUACACGUGCCCCCACUGGUCGUAGUACCCACACACGUGACAACACGUCGUAGUACCCACACACGUGCCCACACUGGUCGUAAUACCCAUACACGUGCCCACACUGGUCGUAGUACCCAUACACGUGCCCACACUGGUCGUAGUACCCACACACGUGCCCACACUGGUCGUAGUACCCAUACACGUGCCCCACACUGGUCGUAGUACCCAUACACGUGCCCACACUGGUCGUAGUACCCAUACACGUGCCUACACUGGUCGUAGUACCCACACGUGACAACACUUGUAGUACCCAUACACACACUUGCCCACACCAGUUACACUCAUAUCUUCACCAGCGCCCCACCCUCGCGCAAGUGGCUGCCACGUGCCCACACAUGUAGGCUGCACCACCCUCGUGCCCACAUCAACACCCACAACCCACGUGCCCCACACGAGGCGCCUAACCAAGCCCCCCCCCCCCACCCAUCCCCUCUCCAACAACCAAGGAACAGCCAAACCUAACAUUCAAGGUUCCCAGCGCACAAAUUAAGCACCGAAGGAAUUAAUAACAAAAGACAAUAACAGGGAGUUACGUGAACAAGAGAGAGCUCCCUCGCGUGCAGGGCGUGUAGAGACGCGUGCUGCCAGCAUGAGGGCGUGUGGGUGUGAAGCCUCCCUGACCCCCGCCCACACCGUCACCAAUAACUACGUGUCGGCCAACUACAUUCCCAGCAAGAUGAUCAGCCUGCGGGACUCGGACCUGCCGGUGAACUGCACGGUGGAGGACCAGCCUGACCUGCGCUUCCUGCGGUGGGCGGUCUACCAGGUGGUGUUCCCUGUCCUGGUGUCUCUGGGGGUCGUCGCCAACCUCCUCAACCUCGUCGUGCUCUCCAGGCCUUCCAUGAGAGGUGUCGCCUACAGGUACCUGAACCAUCUGGCAGUCAGUGACCUGCUGUACCUGUUGUUCAACGUGCCCUUCUGCAUGAACGACUUCGCCCGGAUCUCGGAGAUGCAGGUGGUGUCCGCAGCUAGCGCCGUGUACUACGCCAAUGUGGGCAUUCCCUUGGUGAACCUCUUCCUCACCAUGAGCGAGUACAUCGUCGUGUGGCUCUCCUACGACCGAUGCCUUGCCGUUUGCAGCCCGCAGAAGUUCUCGGCCAAACAGAGAAUGGAGGUGGUGAGAAUACGGUGCGGCAUGUCGCUCCUGCUGACCAUGUUCGUCUACAGUCUCAGUCCCCUUCGGCAGACGUACAACUGCGACGACGACGGGUGCUGCGUCAGCGAGAGCUUCUACAGCGAAGAACCCUGGUAUAUGGGUUACGAGUUCUUCAGGGAAAUCUACUCCAGGUUCUUACCUGCCGUACUCAUAACGUCCUUCAAUGUGGCCAUCGUGGUGACGCUGAAACAAAUCAAGCGCGAGCGAGACUGUGAUAUCAUAAAUGAGGCGAGGCAGGAGAGAGAACGACGGCUCUUUUUCCUGCUGAUGGCCAUCACAGUCUUCUUCUAUGUCUCUGCCUUUCCCAGCGCCAUCUAUAAAGUUAUAAUGUUUAACGAUAUGACCUUCGUCCCGUACUUUAGAGCCGUGGCCGAUGUCUUAGAAGUUUCAGGCCACGUUUUCAAUUUCGUUUUGUACUUCUUAUUCAGUCCCGAUUAUCGCAAAGCGCUAGUGGACAUGACUUCCGCCGGGCAGCAAAACAAUAAUAUUGCUCUGUCUUCUACAGCUAUUCCUCUAUGAAUCAAUAGACCGUUAUUAAAUAUAUGUAAAAUUUUGUGGAUGAAAUAUUUUUUAAAUGUAAAUAAUAUUACACAUAUAUUCUUAUAUUACGCGCCUUACCAAUAGUGUUAUUAGCGGAUGACAAAAUUGAAGUAUUGUUAGAGCGACUAGGCGCUCUCUUUAAGAGGCACAAAGAUGUUUGAUAACGAUAAUACAAAUAAACACAUCAAUUCCCCGAGCAUUCCAUUGAAUUUUAUAUACUCGAGUGCAUAGCAAGGUGAAGUUUGCAUGGCUGAUUAGCAGCUCUUGAAGGAUAUGGAACUGGUGGCUAUACCUUGUGGAAACUUUCAUGUCAAAUUCAAAUUCUUUUCACUUGCAAUUUUUUAAACAGAAAAUCGAAGUACGUUUGCAAGAUCAUAGGCGGAGUACCAUUGGUGUAUACUGACUGAAGAGAUGUCAAUGUUUAACAUUCCAGACAUCAUGUUAUCAGUAUAAAUACUAAACACCAGGGGCAAGAUUCACGAAAGCACAUACGCAAGCACUUACGAACCUGUACAUCUUUUCUCAAUCUUUGGCGACUUUGUUUACAAUUAUUAAACAGUUAAUGAGCUCCGAAGCACCAGG